AUUAAACCUGGUUUUCAUCGGAUAAGACGAAACGACAUCGUUUUAAUCCACCGCCGUCAAAAACAAUUUCUUCGGUCAAUUAUACCUCUAAGCUUCGAAGCUCCGACUUCUUCGGUCUGUUUCUUAUUAAACACACAAACAAGAAAACGCAAAACUAAUCCUCUCUCGAAUUAGGGUUUCGUCAAGGUAUUACAUUAUUUCACACCCUUAUCAUCAUCUUCUGAUUUCUGAUCCUGGAGUUGAUGUAUUGAGAGAAGCCAUUGAGAUAAGAGAUGAGCUCUACGCAGGCUAAUCUAUGCAGACCAUCCUUGUUCUGUGCAAGGACAACGCAAACAAGACAUGUCUCUAGUGCACCUUUUAUGUCGUCAUUACGCUUUGAUUAUCGACCACUCCCCAAAUUAGCUAUUCGGGCAUCUGCAUCAUCAUCGAUGUCUUCUCAGUUUUCGCCUCUACAGAAUCAUCGCUGCCGGAAUCAGAGGCAAGGUCCUGUUGUGUGUUUACUUGGUGGGAAGGAUAAGUCUAACGGUAGUAAUGAGCUAUCAUCAACAUGGGAAGCUAUUGAGAAAGCAAUGGGGAAGAAAUCAGUUGAAGAUAUGUUGCGUGAGCAGAUACAAAAGAAAGACACUGGCGGCAUUCCUCCACGAGGACGAGGAGGAGGGGGUGGCGGUAGAAAUGGUGGGAAUAAUGGGUCUGGAGGCUCAUCAGGGGAAGAUGGUGGUCUUGCUAGUUUUGGGGAUGAAACUCUGCAAGUGGUAUUAGCAACCUUAGGCUUCAUCUUUCUGUACUUCUACAUCAUCAAUGGGGAGGAGUUGUUCCGUCUUGCAAGAGAUUACAUUAGGUACCUUAUAGGAAGACCCAAGAGUGUUAGGCUGACCCGAGUUAUGGAAGGUUGGAGUAGAUUCUUCGAGAAGAUGUCGAGGAAAAAAGUGUAUAACGAGUACUGGCUAAAGAUUAAGCGAUCAUCAACAAGUCUACCUGGUCUGGUAACCCGGGCAAAUACAAACGCAUCUUGAGAUCUUAUGUUGAUUCAAAUGAAAUGAAGAUAGUGAUCGGUUUUCUUACUGGUUUAAGUAGUUUCCCUUAGACCCUUACCCGUGUUUUUGUUUUUGUUUAAGUUACUUUUGCCAGUAGUAAAUAUUGAUGCUCAUCGUCACAAGUAUUGACUCUGUCGUGUUUACGUAAAUGAAAAGUUACCCUGAAUGGCUGAAUCAUAUUAUA